GCGUCGCUGUGGACUCAGUGUAGUGACACACUCUUUAACUCCAGCCUCGGAUGGACUUUAUUAUUUGUUUCUCCUUAAAAAACAGUUCAGUGGCUAUUUUAUCAGCAGAGCUCGUCCAAGAGCACGUGCGCGCGGACGACUCCACUCUUCACUGGAUAUCUUUUUUUUUUCCUCCACUUUUCCCACGAGCCCUGUUUUACAGUAUGAAGUGCAGCCAUGGCAAGGAGUAGCAAGUCAGCCGCGAGGACCCUGGAGGACUUGACGCUCGACUCGGGUUAUGGUGGAGCCGCCGACUCCUUCCGAUCUUCCAGUGCGUCGCUGUGCUGCUCGGAUGCACAUGGAGCGAGUCACUGGCAUCUAACCGACUCGAUGCACAGUCGACACAACAGCCUGGACACUGUGAACACGGUCCUGGUGGAAGACGCCGAGAUCCUGGAGUGCACCGUGCAGUGCGCCAAACUGCCCGAGCUCGAGGAUGUGCCGUGGAGCCUCGGCGAAGUGGCGAGCGCCCUGAGCAGCGGGGACGAGGAGGCGAGCCCGCCGGCCCCGCCGCAGGACGUCCUGCUCCGGCUCUCGGGGCUGGUGAGCCGCGCGCUGGUCAGGGUCGCCCGGGAGGCGCAGCGGCUGAGUUUGCGCUACGCCAAAUGCACCAAAUACGAGAUCCAAAGUGCCAUAAGGAUCGCCCUGUCGUGGAGCGUGUCGAUGCACUGCGUCGGCGCGGCCCUCGGCGCGCUGUCCCUGUACAACAUGAGCACGGAGGAGGACAAGUUCAGCCGCGGCAAGUCGGUGCGCUGCGGACUCGUCUUCGACGUGGGCAAGUUCUUCAGGUGGAUGGUCGACAGCAGGGUGGCGGCGAGGGUCCACGAGCACGCGGCGAUCUACCUGGCCGCGUGCAUGGAGAGCCUCUUCCGCGAGGUGCACGCGCGCGUGCUGCGCAGUGCGCUGCUGGAGCGCGACAACGGCAUCCCCAAGUUCACCGUGGAGACCCUGGAGCAGGCCGUCAGCGGCGAGGCGGAGAUAUGGGGCUCCCUGCAGCCCUGGCAGCACCUGAUCUGUGGGAAGAAUGCCAACGGUGUGCUAAGCCUACCUGAGGGUCUGACUCUUCACAGAGACCAGCAGCAGCAGCGAGCGGGAAAGAGCGGCGAGGGAAACGCCUAUAGUCAGUCGGAGCUACGCUCUGUUGAACAGUGCCUACUGGCAACAAGAGUGGGCAGCAUCUCUGAACUAAGUGACCUGGUGUCCCGAGCCAUGCACCACCUACAGCCACUGUACACGAAGAACCACAGCAACGGGACGCCGGUGCACCAGAAGAGCAGUGUGAUUCACUGGGCGCCCGAAGCGAUCUACACGCUGUGUUAUUUCAUGCACUGCCCCCAGAUGGAGUGGGAGAACCCCAACGUGGAGCCCUCCAAGGUCACCUUACAGACCGAGAGGCCGUUUAUGGUGCUGCCGCCCCUGAUGGAGUGGGUGCGCGUGGCAGUGGUCCACACCGAACACAGACGCAGCUUCUCCGUGGACAGCGACGAUGUUCGGCAGGCUGCCAGGCUGCUGCUGCCCGGAGUGGACUGUGAGCCGCGCCAGCUUCGAACGGAUGACUGCUUCUGUGCCUCGAGGAAACUAGAUGCCGCCUCUACUGAGGCAAAGUUCCUGCAGGACCUGGGCUUCCGCAUGCUCAGCUGCGGACGCACCGACCUGGUGAAGCAGGCUGUCAACCUGCUCGGGCCGGAUGGUAUCAACAGCAUGAGUGAGCAGGGGAUGACCCCGCUGAUGUACGCCUGUGUCCGUGGAGACGAGGCCAUGGUACAGAUGCUGCUGGAUGCAGGGGCUGACAUCAACAGCGAGGUGCCAAACUCAGUGCACAGGCACCCCUCAGUCUUUCCCGAAACGCGGCAGGCGACGCCCCUCACUUUUGCCGUGUUGCACGGACAUGUGCCUGUGGUGCAGCUGCUGCUGGAUGCCAAAGCCAACGUGGAGGGGUCCCUGCAGGACGGGAUGGAGAACUAUACUGAGACCCCACUGCAGCUGGCUGCUGCUGCAGGUAACUUUGAGCUGGUGAGCUUGCUGCUGGAGCGCGGGGCCGACCCCAUGGUGGGAACCAUGUACCGCAAUGGCAUCUCCACUGCACCUCAGGGAGACAUGAACUCCUACAGCCUGGCAGCAGCUCAUGGACACAGAAAUGUGUUUCGGAAGCUCCUGUCUCACACGGAGACGGGAAAAGGGGAUGUCUUGUCCCUGGAGGAGAUUCUGGCAGAAGGUUCGGAACUGGAAGGUCGAAGUCCGUCUCAGAUCGACCUGAUCCGGACAGGGAAGGCAAAACUAAAAGCCCUGAAAGAAGCCAUGUAUCACAGUUCGGAGCACGGACAUGUAGACAUAACCAUUGAUAUACGGAGCCUUGGCGUCCCAUGGACUUUGCACACUUGGAUGGAGUCCCUGCGGACGUGUUUCCAUCAGCACCGCCGACCUCUGAUCCAGGGCCUUCUGAAAGAGUUCAGCUGCAUCGAGGAAGAGGAGUACACGGAGGAGCUCAUCACGCAUGGCCUGCCUCUCAUGUUCCAGAUCCUCAGAGCCAGCAAGAAUGAGGUGAUCAGCCAGCAGCUGUCUGCAAUUUUCACCCAGUGUUACGGGCCGUAUCCCAUCCCCAAACUGGCAGAGAUCAAGAGGAAGCAGUCGUCACGUCUGGAUCCUCACUUCUUGAACAAUAAAGAGAUGUCCGAUGUGACCUUUUUGGUGGAGGGGAAGCCUUUUUAUGCCCACAAAGUCCUGCUCUUCACAGCCUCCAACAGGUUCAAAACUCUUCUAGCGAACAGACCUUGUGGUGAAAACACAUGCAUUGAAAUCAGCAAUGUUAAAUAUCACAUUUUUCAGCUCGUGAUGCAGUAUCUCUACUGUGGAGGAACAGACGCUCUGCACCUCAGAAACACUGACGUUAUGGAGCUUCUGUCUGCAGCCAAGUUCUUCCAGCUGGAGGCGCUACAGAGGCACUGCGAACUCAUCUGCUCCAAGAACAUCAACACAGAAACUUGUGUGGAGAUCUACAACCACACCAAGUUUCUUGAUGCCCCAGACCUGGCGUCCUACAUAGAGGGCUACUUCCUGAAGAACAUGGUGAUCCUGAUCGAGCUGGAGCCAUUCAAGCAGCUGCUGUACGACGCACCUCCAGACAGCCCAGGCUGUGACAUCCUGCAGGACCUGGAGAAAACCCUGGCCAACCGCAUCCGGUCCAUCCACCUGUCGUCGUCCAAGGGGUCCAUCGUCUGACCACCUGACCCCGCGUGAACAACUCGAACAGAGGUUAUUUUAUCGGAGCGACAUCGGACACUGUGUUGAGAUGCAAUCCGAGUGUCGGAUCAUUUCAAGUGAAAGAGGAAAAAUAGGACUCAUGGACCGGUCCAGUUAGCAUCUUUGUCUCUGUGAAGCUCCUCAGUUGCUAAAAUGCUUCUUGUUAUCUUAGCACAGACGGUUACGAGUCUGUUCGUCUGCCUUGUCGAUGUCUGUCUACUAUGAAUUAACAUACGACUUGUCAUAAGAUGUCACAAUUUGCCAACAACAUCCCUUACUGUAACACUGUCCCUUGUCCAGCAGGAACCACUCGGCUAAAUGGGUUCACCACGUGUGUUACGUGUUGAUCAGAUGGGACUUGGGGAAACCUCAGAGGCAGAGAAUCAGACCAACUGCGGUCAGAACAUGUGUCUUCAGAUGGAGAACAACCUUAGCGUUAAUGUGAUAAGCCAUCAGUGUUUCCCUCUCCAGCUGUGAGGAAGAACUGCUGCCUCAUGUUGUGAUUAUUUGCUUAAACAUCUGGACCUAUAAGGAGUAAUAAUGUGUAUAUUAGUCAGGCACUAAGUAUUAUCUGACAUGAAUACUCUUUAAAGCCAAACAAGUAAAACAACUGACAAGUAACUGUAAAAUGACUGAUGCAAAAAAAGGGGGGGGAUUUUCAACAGCUGGCUUUGGGCAACUGGUAGGGAGAAGAGGAUUUUUCCUUCCUCAGCUACUGUGUAGAUAUUGUUCAUAAAAAAACAGAGGCUAUUGAUAAUGUAAGUUAAUGUAUAUAUAUAUAUAUAUAUCCACAGAUGUUUUCUCAUGCGUGUUACUGUCGGAUAUGGCUGUAAAAACAAAAUGCUCAUCUUUUAAAUAUCUGUGUUUUGAUGUUGCAUGUCAGAGGGAUGACUGUGGUUUUAGUUUUUUUUCUUCUGUUUGAACUGUUGGAAGAUAACACACCGAGGAGCUGCUUUCACACCUGGGUGAGGAGAGUUCUGUCAUCAGCAUGGGUCACUAUAAAUGUGUAGCAGUCCAGCAGUGUCGUUGUUUUGUGUGUGACAAAGCCUGUUCAGUCCUGAACUGGGGAACGCGAUGCUGUCACUUGUCUUCCAGGAAUGGUGCAACGACAUGACCUGUAUAUGUGUGACUUGAUAUAUCUUUCAUCUAUAAAGAUUAAUAUAAAGAA